AUGAAGAUAUUCAGGACUAUCAAAGCCAGAUUGAUGACGAGAGUGGUGGCAUUCUACCUCGCCUUUUACGGUGUCCAUCUCGGCCUUUUUGUCUACGGAUGGUGGUCACAGCAGACUAACGAACGGCUGGCUGGGUUGAACAAGCUCGGCAUCUCUGUCUGGGCCAGCAGAGGCGCAGGCCUGGUGCUUGCACUGGAUGGCGGAUUGAUUCUGCUUCCGAUGCUCAAGAAUCUGAUUCAUGUCAUUCGUUCCUGUUUCGGUUCGGUUAUUCCACUUGAUGAGCCUGUGUACGUGAUACGAGCUUUACAAGAGCCGUCUAAUAGCAACAAAAGCUGGUUUCACAAGCAGGUUGCUUACAUGCUCCUAUUAUUUACCAUUAUUCACGUCACAUCACACUAUGUAAACUUUAUCAAUGUCGAGAGAAUGCGUGAGAGCGGGCAUUUUUUAUUCCCAAAAGCACACUCUAAGUUCACUCUCAGAACUUCGUCCCGUCAUGGCUUGGCAGAUCCACUAUGCACAGGCGGGCGGUAUAACAGGACAUAUCAUGCAAGUGCAGCGAUUCACAAGAUUUGCAUCUUACCGAGCUUUAGGCAACUCGCCAUGUUUAUCAUGUUUACAACAGCACAUGCGUCUAUCAGGCAUCAGAAGUUUGAGCUGUUUUGGUAUACGCAUCAAGUUUGCGCACUGGUUUUUAUGCUCGCUCUGUUCACACACGCGACUGGAUGUUUCGUGCGUGACACACCCGCACCUGACUUCCGUAGUUACUUUCCUUACUAUUCAACUGAGCAUUGUCUGGGUUAUGAGAGCUGGAGAUUCAUUAUUUGGCCAUUUAUCGCAUACAUCUUUGAACGGUUGUUUAGGGAGGCACGAGCACGUUUCCUCAAAACAUACAUUACAGAAGUACUUGUUCAUCCUGGAAACACGAUUGAGAUACGUUUUGCAAAACCAUCUUUGAAAUACAAGAGUGGUCAAUAUAUUUGGAUUCAAGUUCCUGAGAUAUCCAAGUUCCAGUGGCAUCCAUUCACAAUCACAUCCGCACCUGAAGAUGAGUUCAUAUCCGUACACGUAAGACAGGUCGGUGACUUUAGCAAGUCGUUGGGCGCAUUAUUUGGUGUGGCUAUGAAUAGCGGCACCGGUAAGCAGGAUGAUUUGAGCUCUGAUUAUGUAUCACAAGUCAUAUGCAACUGCAAGAUGCCGAAAUUCCUGGUGGACGGUCCAUACGGUGCACCAGCAGAUCACGCACUCAAGCAAGAGGUGGUCGUUCUCGUUGGUGCGGGUAUCGGCGUGACCCCGUUCGCCUCGAUAUUGAAGAGUUUAUGGUACCGCAACGCGAAUGACCAACUCGGAACUCUUAAACGAGUCGAGUUCUACUGGAUUUGCCGUGAAACCGAAUCUCUUAUAUGGUUUAAGAAACUUCUUAUAGCAAUCGAGGAGGGUCAGCAAAUGCACUCGUCGUUUAUCUCGAUCAAUAUCUAUCUCACAAGAUGGGAAGAUGACAUGAUACACAACAUAACGUUGAAUGAUGUAGGCGCCAAGGCUGACCCACUCACAAGUCUCAGAGCUCGCACACGAUUCGGGAGGCCUGAUUGGAGGCACAUCUAUAGCGAGUUGAAGCGCUCAAUUACCCAGGCAGACUCCACAUAUAUCCAUGGCAGAGAAGCACGCCUUAAAACGAAUAUCGCCACCUUUUUUUGCGGACCUGGUCCGCUCGGUAAGUCACUUCAGGAAGCUAUUAAAAGUGUGGGGAAGGACGAGGAGGUCGAGUUCAGCUUCUACAAAGAAUCUUUCUAA